UUUUGGGGGGCCAGCAAACAUUCGCCUAUCAUCAGUCAACGUAAAGCCAACUCCUCCUCUUCUGCUGUUACGCACAUGCAUGCAGCCUCCUGGCACAAGACAAAACAUUAACUAAACAGGCUACUGUCAAGGAAAAGUGCCUCUCCCAGGCGGCCUGCGGGAUUUUAUAAAGAAAAGGCUGUUUGUUUUUUUAUUUUUCUACUUUUCUUUGCAGAGAAAAGUAGUUCGAGCGACAUUAAUCUGCUGCUGUAAGCAUCAACUUGGACUGUGGAACCUGGAGGAGGGGACGAAGCCUCUCUCACGGGCUCCCUUGUCAGCUAUUUUGGACUUAUCUUUUUGCUUCUUUCUGACCGUGAGAUGAGACGCUGCUGUCCUGCACUGGCAGUGACAAUUCUACAGAGUUUCUUAAUUCUUCUGUAGAGAAAAAAAAGGAAAAAUUAGCCAAUGCCUCGCAGACUGUCGAAUCCCUGAAAUAUUACUUUCGGCAAGGAGGAGGCAUCGGUGCUGAGACCCAUGCAGCGGGGCUUCCAUAGUUGGUAUGUUUAUUCACCGUAAAUGGAAAAGAAAAAAUAGAAAUAUUAUUCGGUAAUAACUAAGAAAUAAUUUCACACCUGAGGAAAAAAAAGAUUCCAGUAAGAGAAGUGGAAUCUUUAUGAAUUAAUCAUAGCUUAUUAAUAAUGAGAGCUGCAGAGAUUCGGAUGACGGUUUCCAUUGGCAGAUGAGACGUAGUGUGGAGAACACGUGUCCAAUUUUUCCCUCAUAUUUUUUCCUCCCUGAUCUGGAUUUCUCACUUGUCACGGCAAGAAAGGAAAACAUAAAAAAGCGACAAUUUUGAGUGGCACUAUUGCGCUGCCUCUGAUGGACAUCUUGGCUUGCAGAUCCGAAGAGAACAGUUAUAAUAUCAUCCCUUCUUCGGCGACGAUGCUCUUCCAUGGCCUCCCUGGAGGCGAUGUGCACGGUGUGGUGGAAGAAAUGGACCGGAGAGGAAAGAGCGAGUCAGCAGCCAUCAGCUCAGCCAUCGAUAUGGGGGAAUCAGAGACGUCCAUGCCGUGUAUGACCAACGAGCGUGUGGCUCUGUGCGCGGGCUGCGGCAGGAAGAUAGCGGACCGUUACUACCUGCUGGCCGUGGACAAGCAGUGGCACAUGCGCUGCCUCAAGUGCUGCGAGUGCAAACUCAACCUGGAGUCUGAGCUCACCUGCUUCAGCAAGGACGGCAGCAUCUACUGCAAGGAGGACUACUACAGAAGAUUUUCGGUGCAGAGAUGCGCUCGGUGCCACCUGGGGAUCUCAGCCUCGGAGAUGGUGAUGCGGGCCCGGGACCUGGUCUACCAUCUUAACUGCUUCACCUGCACCACCUGCAGCAAGAUGCUGACCACCGGGGACCACUUCGGCAUGAAGGACAGUCUGGUCUACUGUCGGCUGCACUUUGAGACUCUCAUCCAGGGAGAAUAUCAGACACACUUUAACCACGCGGACGUAGUCCCACACAAAGGCCUGGGCCCGGCCAACACACUCGGACUAUCCUACUUCAACGGCGUGGGGACAGUGCAGAAAGGCCGGCCCAGGAAGCGGAAGAGCCCGGGUCCGGGAGCCGAGCUGGCGGCUUAUAAUGCGGCAGCUCUGAGCUGCAACGAGAACGACGGCGAGUCCAUGGACCGGGACUCCCAGUACAGCUCCAGUCAGAAGACGAAGCGCAUGCGGACGUCCUUCAAGCACCACCAGCUCCGGACCAUGAAGUCCUACUUCGCCAUCAACCACAACCCAGACGCCAAGGACCUCAAGCAGCUCGCCCAGAAGACGGGCCUCACCAAGCGGGUGCUACAGGUCUGGUUCCAAAACGCUCGGGCCAAGUUCAGGAGGAACCUUCUGCGGCAAGAGAGCACGGGGGUGGACAAGGCGUCUGACGGCUCCACGCUGCAGGGCGGGACGCCGUCGGGUCCCGCGUCGGAGAUUUCCAACGCCUCCAUGAGUCCCUCCAGCACCCCCACCACCCUGACAGACUUAACCAACCCCACCAUGCCCACCGUCACCUCCGUGCUUACCUCAGUGCCGGGCGGCAUGGACGUCCACGAGUGCCGGAGUCCAUCACAGACCACCCUGACCAGCCUCUUCUGAUUGAUAACCCCCCCUCCAUCCUCCCCCUCCCCCACCUCUGGAUCUUAAACUGAGCACUGUUGACUCCUUCCAACAUUAAACGGAUUAGUAAAAAGAAGGUAACGGUAAAAAAAAGAAAAUUCUCUCUGAGCCCAUUAGAGACUAUUUGCAUAGUGAGGCGGCGAGCCUUACGGAUGGAACAGUUGUUGUUAUUUUGAUGUUGUUGUCUUGUCGAGAACUGAGGAGACUUGAUUUGCAUUUUUCAAUGUUUACAGAAAGAGACUGCGGAGGGGAAAAAAACUGCUUAAUUUUUGGAAAUUUGUUUUUUCCAGCACAGUAUUUAUGUUGUUGUACAAGAGUCACUGUUAGAAGGAUUGUAAAAAAUUCCUUUUUUUUUUGAAAAUCUGAGAUUAAACACAGGUUAAAAUAUC